CGCACACCCGCCACCAUGUCGUCGUACCUCAACAACCUGCUCACCAACACGACGUCGCGCUACAACAAUCUGCGGCGGCAGAUUCUCUCCGACGAGGCAGACGGCGACACCGACGACGACUCGCACCUAUCCCGAGUGCUUCGCGCUUACUACACGGAAAAAGGCCGACUUUUUCCACAAUGGCUCCCGCCCGACCCCAAGGGCCCGCCGCCGCCCACGCCCACGCAGUUUGCAUCGUCGUCGUCGCUCCGCCAGCAGGGACAGGCGGCGCCCAUGGGCAGAGGCGGCGGCGGCGGGCUGAGCGACCUGUGGGAUACGCCGGCGCCACAGCAGCAGGCACAGGAGCCGCUGUCGCUGCGCAGAGGAGCAGGCGGACGGGGCGGAGGCGCGCGCGCCGUCCAAGGGCGGCCGAUGGGCAACUCGCUUACACCAGAGCCGCAAAUACAAGGACGGCCACUGCCCAGCCAACGGGCGGGCAGCUACCAGAGCUCGCUGGGAGGGCGGCAGCAGGCCGACGCCUCACCGCCGCCCAGCGCAGGAGGAGGCACAUCGGCCCAGGAGCGCCUCAAGGCCAGGCUGUGGGGGAGGUCGCAGAGCCCAGCCCAGCGCGACACGGGCUCGCCCACAACACCACGCAGCCCGCACGACCGCCCGCCCUAUGCCGACGAGCGCAGCAACAGCUAUGGCAGCAGCGGUGGUGGUGGUGGUGGUGGUGGUGGCGGUGGUGACCCGUAUGCGCCACAGGGCGGAGGAUAUGGCGGGGGCGCACCGCCACGCGGUCAGCAGGGCGGACGAAUGGGGCUGCCGAGCGGGCCGCGCAUGCGCUGAGGCGGAUUCUUCGUCUUCGUGUCCGCGUUCGUACGGUAGAUGGAUUGAGCAUGGCGCAUCGGAGUCGGGGCGUGUGUAUUCGCUGCGUGGGCAAAGCAUGGCGUCGGGUAGACGUUUGGCAGCAUAGUGCGGGUUUACAGCAUAGGCCGGUCCUUAAUAUCGAUACAUUUAGCCCAGAGCCGUGCCGAAGAAUUCGCAAUUGAGUCGUUUG